CUGAUGCCCCAACAUUCAGCUUCUGCCAAGAGGACAGACGCAAGAGGAAGAAAAUCAUCCUUUUCAAUUCCAUCAGAGCGAGGAGUAGGAGGAGUCAGCUGAGCGAGAUAGUGAUGCUCCCAGCAGGUGCCAACAAGUGAGAGGUAGAGACUGAGAACGAAGGAGAUGGAGAAGAGUCUGUGAGAGCAGAAGACACCCAGAGCUCUGAGAGACAACAAACAGCCAGUGUAUUUUCAGUCCUCCUGCUCCAGUUUUUCCUGUCUGUCAUCUCUGCUGCCAUGCUGUGCCCGGUGCUGCUUUGUGCCACUCUGCUCCUCCUGACGCCCCUGGAGAUCACAGAGGCUCGAGCCCUGCACCCUUCUCCUGAUGCUGUGCAGUUUAUGGAGCAGUUUCUGGAACGCUACAAUGACCUUUUGACCCUGGACGACCUGGAGAACCUGUUGAACAGCCAACCAGAGGAGCAGUCCACCUUCUCCUCGGGGGUCAAAGCGGCCGAGUACCCCAAAUGGGCUGACGCGCAAACGCAGGCUGAGACCCCCUGGAUGCGCCUGCUGAAGGGGGCUCUGGCCAAUCAGAAGCGUGCAGAACCGGACCGGUCAAGGAGGGGCUGGAACCGAGGAUGCUUUGGGCUGAAACUGGAUCGGAUCGGGUCCAUGAGCGGACUGGGCUGUUAGUGGAGAGAAGAGAGAAAAUAAAGACUGAUGACAUCCUUCUUAGAGUAUAAUAAGCAAAAAACACUCAUGCGAAGGCGUUGGCAUGCAGUGAAGGAUGUUUACAUGUGUGUAGGCUACAUGUAGUAUGGUGUAAACUUGCGGCAUUGCUAAUGUGGUUUCAUCCAGCAUAGGUACCAUAGAUCAGACGCUUCACACUAUUGUGGCUGUUUUAACAGAGCAGCUGUAGUUUAUUUCAUGUGUAAGUAUUAAACUGAAUAUUAGAACAUGUGAGCUAUGUUUACAUCAAAUUAUCGUAUUUGAAUGUUGGGCUUGUUUUUUUAAGUAAACUGGCACUUUACGUAUUUCUAGCUUUGUGUGCGUACAGUAAAUGUAAGUGUUUAGACAUUUUGUCGCCAGGGGAUCGUGUGUAAAAUCAGGUGUAAUGGACGUGGAUAUCCAAAAAUGAUGGCACCUGUAAUUCCUGCUGUUUCGUUUUUGUUUACCUAUGAUUUGCAUGAAUAAAUGGAUUUGACAUUU